GGAAAUCAGAGGCACUAUCCGCGGCAUUCAACGGACUUGUAAGCAGCCAUUGGUUGAUCAUUUUAUAAUAACGAAUCAACUUUGCAAAUAAAAAUUAAAAUGGAGAACCCUAUCCCUUAGCAGCCAGAAAAGAGAGAAAUGGAAAAAGGAAAAGGAGAUACAAAUAAAAAAGGACAGACGAAUAAGACAGUACAUGUAAUUUUGAAAAACGUAAGGGUCUCAAACGCUAAUGGCUCCACCAUGGUGACUACUGAGUGUACGUAUUUAUCUGCCCCUUGCGUUGUUGUGUCCCCGCCUUGCCCACACUCGGCUACCAUCCAGCUAGCUACCAGCCUCCUCUCUCGUUCCCAUGACGACACGGGCGCAACCACCACUGCCGACGCAGGCUCACCGGCGGCAGCGCGCAGCCUCCUACUCGUCUUCGUCGUCCUCGUCGUCGUCUUUCUCCACGGCCUCCUCCGCCGCCUCCUCGCCGUCGCCGUCCCCGCGCACCACCUCCAUCCCCUUCUCCUGGGAGCACCACCCGGGCAUCCCCAAGAACCACUCCUUCCUCCGCGGCGCCGCGGACCCUGCUGCCUCCCCGUCCGCGCCGCUCCCGCUCCCGCCGCCGAUCCGUGCGUCGCCCUCCCGACGCCGCGCCAACCGAUCGGCGCCGGGCGCUCCAGGCGCCGCCGACCCCUUUGCCGCCGCGCUGGCAGAAUGCACCAGGGAGCGCACCAGCGCCAUCGACAUCGACGCGCUGUUUCCUCCUAAGCCGGCGUCGGCCGUCCGCGCCGGGCCGCGGCGGUGGUCCAUCGCCACUGGCGGGGUGGUGGGAUUGCUGGACCUGUACGGCUGCAGGAACGCCAUGGGCGUCGCCGAGGGCGCCUUCGUGGUACGCCGACCGGUGGGGGCCGUCGGGCGGGCGGGCCAGGGCCGCGCUGGCCGGCCCGGCAAGAGAUAAGGGCCCUCCCGAUUUCUGAGAUCCAUCAAGUGUGUGUGGGCUCAGCCAGGUACAUAAAUAAUGGAUGUGAGCAGCGAGUGGUGGGAAAAUAUCGAAAAGAAAUCUCACCUUUUCUUUUCUUUUCGUUUGCGUGUACUUUGAUGGUAAUCUCAAUUCAGCUAUUUAGUGGAUGUGAUCCAUACCUACAUUUGAGAAAAAGUGAUAUAGCAACCGAUA